AUGGCGGUACAACCUAAACAAGAUCUGCAGCUAGAUUCUGCCCAAGAGCAAGGCUUCCUGUCUUUCCACCGCUCUCUUCCCUUGAAGUCCAGCACCACCCUUCGUGUGUUUGAGAGAACGGACUACUACACAGUGCAUGGAUCUGAUGCUGUGUUUGUGGCAAAGGAGGUGUUUAAAACAUCAGGAGUGAUCAAGUACCUGGGUCAUGGUGAGAAGAGGUUAGAGUCGGUGGUCCUGAGUAAGCUGAACUUUGAGUCACUGGUCAGAGAUCUGCUUCUGGUGCGUCAGUACCGUGUGGAGGUCUACAGGAACAAAGCGUCGGGCAAGAACAAUGACUGGGUGCACGCCUUCAAGGCAUCCCCUGGAAACUUAACCCAGUUUGAGGACAUUUUGUUUGGGAACAAUGACAUGUCCACAUCGUCUGGGGUGUUGGCUGUAAAGCUGGGAUCUGAGGAGGGACAGAGAAUUGUUGGUGUUGCUUUUGCUGAUCCUACCUUGAGGAAGUUGAGUGUUUGUCAGUUUACAGACAACGAUCAAUUUUCCAACUUGGAGGCAUUAAUUGUUCAGCUUGGACCAAAGGAGUGUCUGAUCUCUGGCAGUUCAGGGGAAGCUACUCCGGAUAGAAGCAGAUUACUGCAAGUUCUCAACCGUAGUGGCCUGCUGAUAACAGAGAGGAAGAAAGCUGAGUUCACAACCAAAGACAAUGUUCAAGAUUUGAACAGGCUGGUGAAGUUCAAAAAGGGAGAGCAGCCAAACAGCUCAGCACUACCGGAGAUGGACAAAUGCCAUGCCAUGAGCUGUAUCUCCAGUCUCAUCAAAUACCUUGAGUUGUUAUCAGAUGAAGAUAAUUUUAACCAGUUCAGCUUGACAUCGUUUGAUUUGGAUCAGUAUUUACGGCUAGAUGCAGCUGCUGUCAGAGCCCUGAACCUGCUGCCUAACUCUCUAGAAGGUGGGAAUAAGAACCAGUGCAUCCUGGGACUGUUGAAUAAAUGUCGGACGGCCCAAGGUCAGAGGCUGUUGUCACAGUGGGUAAAACAGCCACUGGUUGAUAUCAAUAGGAUAGAGGAGCGACUCAAUAUUGUGGAGUCAUUCAUGGAAGACACAGAGUUACGACAAAUUCUACAGGAAGAUCAGCUGCGAAGAAUUCCUGAUUUCCAACGCCUUUCCAAAAAAUUUCAGCGAAAGAAAGCCAACCUGCAGGACUGCUAUAGAGUGUAUCAAGGCCUGGACAAAAUGCCAUAUUUGUUAGAGGCGUUUGGAGAAACAUGGGGGCAAGCACAGGAACUUACUAAUGGAAGUUUCACAAAUCCUAUGAAGGAAUUGUUGAUGGACUUCAGUAAGUACCAGGAAAUGGUAGAGGCAACAGUUGACCUGUCCCAGGUGGAAAACCAUGAGUACCUUAUAAAGCCAGACUUUGAUGAAGGACUGACCGGUCUCCGUGAACGUAUGGAUGAGUUAGAGGAAAGCAUCAAGGCUCAGUUGAACAAGGCUGCUCGUGAUCUCUCUCUGGAACCUAACAAGACCCUCAAACUUGAGUCUAAUGCACAACUGGGAUAUUUCUUCCGUGUCACACGAAAGGAAGAAAGAUGUUUGAGAAACAACAAAAACUACAUCACUAUAGACACCAAUAAAAACGGAGUACGUUUUCACAACAGUGCCCUGAGGAAGCUAAAUGAGGAGUAUCUUCAAAUAAAGGAGGAUUACAACGAACAGCAGAAAUCUGUUGUUACAGAAGUUAUCACUAUUGCAGGUGGCUAUGUGGAGCCGAUGUGUCUGCUCAAUGAUGUCAUAGCUCAGUUGGACGUUCUUGUAAGCUUUGCCUAUGUAGCAGCAGGUGCUCCUGUCCCAUACAUCAGACCCAAACUGCAUCAGAAAGGUCAGUUUAUAGCUCCCAUGUUUGUGUUAAAUGUGUGGUUAUUUGAUUAUUGCGGAAGAUCAUACUCAGAAAAACUUUAUACGGUUACUGUGGCCCAGUACAAAGUCAAAUUCAUCUCAAGAAACAGAACUCUAAAUGCAUAUACAUGUACUGGUGUAACGUGUGUAACUAAUAACACUAUCUCAAGGAACAGAACUCUACACGCAUAUGUAUGUACUGGUGUAACAUGUGUAACUAAUAACACUAUCUCAAGGAACAGAACUCUACAUGCAUAUGUGUGUACUGGUGUAAAGUGUGUAACUAAUAACACAAUCUUAAGAAACAGAAAUCUACAUGCAUAUGAAAUACUGACACCUUUGGAAAUCAGUUCAGAAGCGAUAUGA